UUCACAAUCCCCCAUAUUUCUUUUUCAUAUUUCCCUUUUAUCUCUUCUACAUCUCUCAUCAGAGAAUCAUCAAUCUUCAUAUUUACACCACAGUAGCAAGCAUCUCCAUUAAUAUCAAUGGAGACAAAUCCACCAACCUCUGAAUUAAUGUCGCCGGUCCGUAGUUUCCCAAACCGGUUCUUUUGCAGCGACUUCCAAAACGAUGAAGAAUUUAAUGCUCCAGCAUCUGCAUACACUUAUAUGCAUGUUGAUUGUUCUCGGUCAUCUGAAGCCCCUGUUAGAUCCCCGGAUGUUUUGGUAUCCAACAAUUUCAUGAAAAACGCGGUUAUUGAUGACCAGGAUAUGGAUAUUGAUGAAGCAUCCCAAGAUUCCCAGAUGGAAGCCAUGACUGUUGCUGUUUCUGGAUCAUCUCAUGGUCCUUCUAUGUUUGCUGAAUCACCACGCGGCCAGUUAGACGGUUGUACAAUGGACAAUGGGAUCCCACUUUAUUUUCAUAUCACACAUUUUAUAACUUGUAUUGUCAUGCCAUUUUAUUGCAGAUUCAUAACUUUUUCCGUUUUAUGGUACAGGUCCUUCGAAUCCAUACUUUGUUUUUGA